UGACUGUUGUUAGUUACGAUCCGAGCGCGCGCCACACCGCAGCGCCCUUUCAAACGAAACUCGAUUAAACAAACUAUUAAACAAAACUUUCAAAUAAUAUCUGGUGCUCAUUCAAUAACGGAAAACGUGAAAGAGUUGUACUUUAUGCAUUGAGCGCUCACCCGGCGUGCAGAAUGGUGAGCAUCAGCGAAGCGCCGGCGCAGGACAAGAGCCGAGAGGCCGACUGGCCCUUCGUCCUCUUCUUCAUUCACAUCCAUCUGCUCUCGCUCUACGGGCUAUGGCUACUGCUCUUUGAAGUCAAACUGCUGACAAUUUUGUUCCUGAUCACACUAACAUCCUGCGCUAUCCUGGGUGUGACGACAGGGGCGCACCGGUUGUGGGCGCACCGCACGUACAAGGCCAACACCGGUCUGCGGAUCACGCUCAUGGUGUUCCAGACCCUGGCUGGGCAGGGUUCAAUAUACGACUGGGUGCAGAACCACCGGCUGCACCACAGUACAUUCGGCACGGACGCCGACCCGUACAACCACAACAAGGGCUUCCUGUACGCGCACGUGCUCACGCGCAUGCGCAAGCUCAGCGCGCACCAGGAGGCGCUCAGAGACGCCGUCGACAUGUCGGACCUGCAGGACGAUCCCGUCGUCAUGUUCCAGAAGAAGUUCUACUGGGUUCUAUACGGCGUGCUCUUCCUUCUUCUGCCCCUCAACGCUCCUCUUGAGUACUGGGAAGACUCCGUGCUGAGCUCCAUCUUUGUUAUUGGAUUCCUGCGCUACUUGAUCGUACUCCACGCUUCGUGGCUCAUCGAGAGCGCCAUCUGUGUGUGGGGACUCAAGCCUGGCGAGAAAUAUCCACAUGACUCGAAUUCUGUGUUUGUGCUGGCGAAAACGUUUUGGCCUCAAUACCACUACCUCAUCCCGAACGACUACAAAUCCGGCGAAUAUGGCACAUAUGAUUGCGGCUGCUCGACAGCCUUCAUCCGCGUUUGGGCAGCUUUAGGGCUAGCCACAGACCUGAACACCAUAGAACAGGCAACCAUGCAGCAGGCCCUAAAGGCAGCUGCCGACUCCAAGCGCCCGUUGAAGACUUGCAUCGCAGAGGCCGCCAAGCAUCAGACGCUUCAGAAGAUCACUUUUUGAGGAGGGGUUAGAAAUAAUAAGAUUAACAUAAUUUAUGAAUAAAUUAUAUUACAAUACA